AGAAUAUUGUGUAUAAUAAACACUCAACUGUGUAAAAUUUAUUUGAAGGCGAAAUUGUGAUACUUACUGAAUGUUGUGACAAAAAAACUAAUUACAGGGAACAAGACUCGCACACCUUGAACCCUAGUUUUUAGUAAAAGGUUUACGCGAAUUGAAUGGGCGACACCGGCCACUGCGCAAAAUAUACCUACCGUAUUAUCAGUAACGGUCUGCCAGAACCGGCCUCGAAGAGACAAACCAUCGAGCGUCAGUCAGGUGAAAGUCUCCAGACGCACACUUCACUUCGAGUAACAAGCACGCUAUCAGACGAGUCGAUACGCGAUUUCGCCGAUAAUUAUCUGAAAAUAAACAAACAAAAAGCGGGUAUAGUAAUUGUAGGUAGGUAGCUGAUGAUGCGCAAACGUCAGUCGCGUCAUCGCGUGGACGGGCAAACUGGUGCGCAGGCCGGUGCGCUGCUAGUGUGUUGCGGAGGCGCGGGUCCGCCGACGCGUGGUGCGCGCGCGCACUGCCGCCGCACAGUCGCGACCAUGUCAACGUGCUGCAUCGUCGUCGUAGCCCUGGCACUCGCCGCGCCCGCCUUGUGCGCCGCCAACGCUGAUGCCGCCCUCACUACACUAGGAAUGGCUGCUCCUCCAGUGGAAGUUCUCACCAACGCCCUGGAUCCCAACACCACGAUGAUCUCGAACGAGACAUUCGCCGAACAAUAUUUCAUCAAUAAGAUAUUCGACAAAUACGGUGACAGAGGAGUCAUCACCUUCGAGGGUUUCGAGCAUCUGCUGGACAGCCUAGGGCUGGGCGGGCGCGUAUUCAACUCCCCCCACGACCUGGAGCUACAUCGGGUCAACGGCACCUUUCGACAGAUGCACGACACUCAACAUCGCCACAAGAGAUCGCCUAUCACUCGGGACGGCAUACUGAAGAAGUCAUGUCUAUCACCGAGGGACAUAUUGGAGUUUUACGGCAUAGAGAACGAACCAGGAGUUAUUUCGAUAGAACCGAAGACCUUUUUGGAAAUGUGUCCGGCCCUCGUGUACCAGCUGGACCAGCGGUCAUGUUUCAAAACAGAAGCACCCACACCAAAAUUAGAAAAGCAUUGGACUUGGAUAUACGCCAGCUUGAGUAUCUUGGUCAUAAGUGCAACCGGACUCGUGGGCGUGGCAAUUGUGCCACUACUUAAGUCCGUGAUAUUCGGGCAUGUGCUCCACUUCCUCAUUGCCGUGGCAGUCGGGACGUUAUGCGGAGACGCGUUGCUUCAUCUGCUUCCUCACGCGCUCAAGUCUCACGGUUCGUCUUCCGAACCCCAAGAAGAAACUGAAGUUGUACUCAAAUGCAGCGUUACAUUUCUCACUAUUCUUUUAUUCUACACAGUGGAAGCUAUUAUGCAAAUAGUAAACGGGGGUCAUGCACACUCACAUGAUCAAGGGAUGACCGUAGAAGAGAUGAAAACAGAAUCCAGUAAACAAAUAGAACCUAUAGAAUUAGGCGCAAUGAUGCCCGGCGCACCUCCGCCACCAGUGGAACGGCCAAUGUCGUCGACCGCCCUCAUGGUUAUCGUGGGAGAUGGUCUGCACAAUCUGACUGACGGACUAGCAAUAGGAGCGGCAUUUAGCGGAGAUCCCGUGACUGGUUUCGCUACUGCGCUCGCUGUAUUCUGUCACGAAUUACCGCAUGAGCUCGGAGACUUUGCAGUUUUGCUCAGAUCGGGAAUGACAAUAAAGCGAGCCUUAUAUUAUAAUCUACUGUCUUCUGUGCUCAGUUUUAUGGGUAUGGCUGGAGGCAUUUGGCUGGCUGAAGACCACGAGUCGGCCUCGCAGUGGAUAUACGCCGCCACAGCUGGAACAUUCUUUUAUAUUGCUCUGGCAGAUUUAGUUCCUGAAAUAAAUGCAAACAAUCAUGGUAAAGCCAUGAAUUUACUUUUAGCCGUUGUAGGAAUACUCGCAGGUGGUAUCAUAAUGUUACUCAUAGCCUUACACGAAGAUUCAAUACAAUACCUCUUUAGAAAUGCAGAACAAUGAACUAAGUCCUAGUUAUGUUUUUCUAGAGCACGUUCAAUGUGAUAAAACUCAUGGUUGUUCAAAUUGUACACACAAGUUUAAGUAUAGCGCCCUAGGAUAAUAUUACCUGAGUAUUGAGUAUUCCUUGCAUGAUUUAUUAAGAUUAAAUGCAUUGAUUAUAAACUCACGCAUGAAUAUGUUGAAAUCUUAAACAAACCCCAAGCAAAAUCUGGAUGGUUCUUAUAAUACUAAACUUACAAUAGGUAGAUAAACCAAUCAAUAUAAUAAAUGUAGAAAUUAAUACGUUGUUCAUACCUAAUAUUUUUUGUGAAUUUUGAAGCAUUCCAAUUUUCGAAUUAUUCUAAGCAUUCCAAUUAUUUUAAUAUUUUAACUACGUAGUUAUACUAUUUGAAUUAAUUUAUUAUAUCUUGAGGCGCC